ACUGCUCCGGGUUUCUCCUCUGACGAGGAAUUCCUGUAUUUUGAGAAGUUCAACUGUAUACGCCACCUGUUUUCUCCGAUCGAAAAUUCAUCUCCGAUUUCCCCCACCGCCGCCGUUAAUCGCGAUGAACUGCGAAGUCUGCCAACUCAAAGAACUCGAUAUUGAGCACUUCGAGAUUCGUGAAGUUCUCCGAUGCAUUCUACACACUGUUUUGUUCCACAGAGCUUUAGGGCUAGUACGCCCGAAAGAUAUCGAUUUGGAGCUCUUUGAGAUCACAUAUGUGCAAUGUGGUGAUGUGGAGCUCGAGAGGAAAAUAGACGAGAAGAUUGACCAAUUCAUAGAUAGGGUAGAGAAGCAUCCUAACAAGAAAAAUCAGAUAUGUUUAUCCUUCUACGAGGUGAAAAACAAGCAGGCUACAUGGUUCACUAAUAAAGUCGAACGCCUCUACUGGGAACAAUGGUACAUAAAUUUGAAUGUUGCUCAACACCCAAAAGGAAUUUCUGGGAAAUCGUAUUCUUCCAAAGUAGUAGUUGACCCUGGAGCUGAGUCGAGGAGUGCUCGGCGUGCAGCCCUUGAAACUUCGCUUCGUGAUGUUCUGUUUCAGAUAAUUAGAUUUGUAAAUGAGAAGAAGGAUCACAUCCCUCCAAUCCCAAACCUUGAAGGUGUCUCGUUUCCUUACGAAAUUACUAUCUCAAGUUCAUCGGAUUCUGCGUUCGGGAUGGACAUGUUAAAGAGGAUGCUGCAAACCGGUCAUCCUACUAUGCUUAGCUGAAUCGCCGAGUCAACACGCUCUGUUGGCCACGACUUCAAUUAGUUUUCGAUCGCCUUCUGUGAAUAUUUUGAUUGGCUAUAAAUUUAUGUAAAUUAAGAGCUGUACAUUACAGCAAAGACUGAAUUUCGAUACUUCUACGGUCUUCUUUUUUUUUUUUUUUAAAUUAUUAUGUAAAUAUCUGCUUGCUUGA